AUGAAGAUGACUGUGAAUCGUAUAAGGGUGGUGGUGCUAGGGAGCCCGCGGAGCGGCAAGUCUGCGGUGGUCGUGCGUUAUCUAACAAAGCGGUACAUCGGAGAAUAUAGCUCGACAGGAGAUUUCCUUUAUCAGCACAGAGUGGCUUUCGACGGUGCCGUUUCAGAAGUUGAAAUACUAGAUACAUCUAAUUGCGCGAUCCGCGGCUGUUUGGCUGAACAUGUGAGAUGGGGCGAUGCGUUCGCUGUCGUGUACUCGGUGUGUGAGCGCCGCUCCUUCUUAGCUGCAGCUGAACUGCUCUCCUUACUGGAGCGCACGAGACUGCCCGGCUGCGCUGCCGUCACCCUCUUAGGGAACAAACGUGACCUCGAACACGCCAGGGAGGUCCAUGCAGAGGAGGGUCAAGAACUGUCGCUGAGAUUCGGCUGUCAGUUCUACGAGGUGUCGGCGGCGGAGUCGUGCGCGGGCGCAGCGCUCGCGUUCCACGCGCUGCUGCGGGAGGCGCGCGCGCUGGCGCUCUUGUUGCCCGCCCCCAGGCGAAAGCUCGCUGCCUACUCUGUCUCUAAAGUAAUUGGCACGAUAUUUGGAAAAAACAGCAAAAGUGUGAGAAAGAAAAGGCCAUCUUUGAGCAUUUAA